AUCGUUUGUUUUUAUAACUUUGUAUGACUCCGUAUGAAGUUCUUUAAAUAUUUCUAGAUUUUCUAUAGAUUUUUUUUGUAGAAUAUUUUGUUGCUUUUCUGCUUCAGGCAACGAGAAGUCUUCGGCCAAAACACAUCGCGAGACAUGAAGAGUUUGAAGGCGAAGUUUAAAAAGUGUGAGAGUCAGGACUGGAGUAAGAGUGAUGAGAAGCUGCUGCAGGCCGUGGAGCUCAAUGACCCCGAGAGAGUCGCUGCGCUGAUCCUGAAGAAGGGCCUGACCCCGGCCAAGCUGGACCCAGAGGGCAAGUCAGCGUUCCAUGCCAGUGCGAUGCGGGGCAGUGUGGAGUGUCUGGAGGUGAUGCUGGCACACGGGGUGGACGUCACCUUGACCGACGGGGCAGGGUUCAAUGCUCUGCACCUGGCAGCGAGGCACGGCCACCCAGAGUGUGUGAAGAGAUUGCUGCAGGAGAAGGUCUCAGUUGAUGGGACAGACAGCUAUGGGAGGACAGCUCUGCACCACGCAGCGGUCAGCGGCUGUAUCUCCUGCAUGGAGACACUCUGGGACUUUAAGGCGUGUCUGAACUGCAGGGACGGGGACGGGUCGACGCCUCUGAUUCUGGCGGCCCAGAUGAGCCGGGUCGAGCUGUGCCGGUUCCUGAUCCAGAGGGGAGCCGAGACGGACGCCCGCGACGCGCAGGGGAGGACGGCUCUCAUGCUGGCGUGUGAGAGUGACAGCGUGGAGACGGUGGAGGUGCUGCUGAGGGGCGGGGCUAACAUCAACAUAGCCGAC